ACGGGUCAUAUAGUUUACCGGAAUCCGAUAUUAGACACAACGAUAUCAGCAUUUGCCGAAAUCAUUCGUAUCACCGCCAACAUGAAGUUGCUAUACUGUCUUUUGUUUUUGUGUUUCAUUACUUUCUCCAUGAGUGAAGAUCCGAGAUGUUCUCAGCCGAUUGCAUCUGGUGUGUGCUUUGGAAAUAUUGAAAAAUUCGGAUACGACAUCGACGAGCACAAAUGUGUACAGUUCGUGUACGGAGGAUGCUUUGGCAAUGAUAACCAAUUCGACUCGCUUGAAGAAUGUCAAGCAGUUUGUCCUUAACCAUUCCAAUGUUUAUAAAUGACGUGUAUAUAAUACACACAAUAAUCAAUCGAUUUUUAAUCGAUUCAGAA